CCGCUGCCCUGACUCGGCUCACUCCGACUCGCUGAGCCGAUGGGGUCGGAUCGGGGCUUUUUAAAGCUCGGUGCCAGCAGCUGCUCGUUCAUUUGCUACGGAUCCAAAACAACAGACGAGAAAAGCCUGAUCGCCUACAAAUGAAGCGGGCAAACGAAAACCGGAAGCUCGCUAUGCAGUUUCCGCCCCUCGCUGCGUGCUGGGCAGGAAGUGCGCGCGGGGCGGCGGAUUUGGACGCGAUCACGUGAGUGCUGGCCGGCGCGUGCGUGCCUCCUCCGGCGCAUGCGCUGUGGUCGACGGCGACGACGGCCAUCAUGGCGGUGUCUAGCGCGGCGGCUGCGGGAGGUGGAAGACGCUGGUAUUUCACCCGAGAGCAGCUCGCUCGGAGUCCUUCCUGGCGCUUAGGACUCGACCCGGACAAGGAGUUAUCGUACCGGCAGCAAGCAGCUAACCUGCUUCAGGAUAUGGGCCAGCGCCUCAACGUUUCUCAACUGACUAUUAAUACAGCAAUUGUUUAUAUGCAUCGAUUCUACAUGGUUCAAUCCUUUACCCACUUUCAUCGAAAUGCUGUGGCACCAGCUGCCCUUUUCCUGGCAGCCAAGGUGGAGGAGCAACCUCGAAAAUUGGAGCAUGUCAUCAAGGUUACUCAUGCCUGCCUGCACCCUCUGGAAGCUGCUCCUGAUACACGGAGUGAGGGUUACCUGCAACAAGCCCAAGACCUGGUCAUUCUAGAGAGCAUAAUACUGCAGACCCUGGGAUUUGAAAUUACCAUAGAUCAUCCUCAUACUCAUGUGGUGAAGUGCACACAGCUAGUUCGAGCCAGCAAGGAUCUAGCACAAACUUCCUACUUCAUGGCUACCAACAGCCUUCACCUAACAACCUUCAGCCUGCAGUACACCCCUCCCGUUGUGGCCUGCGUCUGCAUCCACUUGGCCUGUAAGUGGUCCAACUGGGAGAUCCCAGUCUCCACGGACGGGAAGCACUGGUGGGAGUACGUUGAUGCCACUGUAACUCUGGAACUCUUGGAUGAAUUAACUCAUGAAUUCCUUCAAAUUCUUGAGAAAACUCCUAAUCGACUGAAACGAAUCAGGAAUUGGCGGGCCUGUCAAGCAGCCAGCAAAUCGAAGACGGAUGACCAAAGUGAGGAUGAUGGCCUCUCAGAACAGACAAUCCUCAGUAUGAUCUCUAGAAGCGCAUCAGACACAACUAUUGCAGGCCUGAUGAGCAUGUCAACGUCUUCAACCACCGGAGCCACUGCUUCACUUCCAGCUACAGAAGGAGAGUCUCCAGGGGAACGAGGUAGUACAGAUAUUUCAUCAGACAGCUGGAUGGCUCAACAUCCUCCACAUAAACAAAAGGCCAGCCAUAGAGCUAACGAAAUUUCUGCCAAUCCUGAUCAUCUACAUCAUGACAGCAGUAGUGGCGGCUCUUUUGUUAAGCAAAACAUCAAGAGUGCACCGCUAGCAAAAGUAUCAUUAAAGGAAUACCGUGCAAAACAUGCUGAGGAGUUGGCUGCCCAGAAACGCCAGCUAGAGAACAUGGAGGCAAAUGUGCGUUCUCAGUAUGCUUAUGCUGCCCAGAACUUGCUUGUACAACAGCAACGUGAACGGGAUGUGCAGCAGGAGGAGAACUCUCCAAUUGUCCUGAAAAUCCCUCUAGGCAACAAUUCUGAUGGUUCUGAACGGCCUCCUACUGAAAAAACUGAUAAACCCUCAUCUGCAGUUAAAGUACGGUUGCCUGCCCCAGGAGAUAAGCCUAUUGCUCCUUCCAAACAAGAUGAUAUAAAAGUGCGCAUUAAGGUGCCACCUCCCACGGAACGACACAGCUUGCCUGAUGAAAACAGUGGCAAGAGCAGAGGAGAGCACAAGGAAAAGCAUAAAAUCCAUUCUUCUAACCACCAUCACCAUCAUAACCAUCAUUCUCACAAACAUUCACAUGGGCAACCUGUUGUGAGCACCAAACGUCCAGGGGAUCCCAAGCAUGUUAACCCAACUGGCAUUGUGUCACACAAGGGUUAUGUCCCAAAUUGUUCCUCCCGUAAGAGACCACUUUCUGAGGAGACCUCAGUUACAGUCCAUGAACAUCAGCCCAAAAUCAGUAAGAGUUCCAAGGGUCCCACUGUGCCAUUUGCGUUCCCUCAGCAUUCUGGCCACAGCUUGGAAGCAGCUGGUCUAUCUUUUCCGCAGGCUAACAAAGCCAGGGGGGCUCAUGGAAAAUUGGACAAGAGCACUGCUGGGGCCAAUGGACAUAACAUGAGCCAGUCCAUUGACUAUCAGGAUACAGUGAACAUGCUGCACUCCCUGCUCAGUGCACAAGGCAUGCAACCCACCCAAUCAUCCAAUUUUGACUUUGUGCAUCAUUAUGGCGAAUACUUGAACCCCAGGGCUGCUGCAAGUGUUGAUAAGCCACGACCACCCCCACUUCCAUCAGAACCUCCCCCUCCUUUACCACCACUCCCAAAGUGAUAGUUUUAACUACUGAGGUUCUACAAAAAAAAAAUAAUUGCUCAUAGUAAUCUCCACUGCCUUGUGUGAAUGCCCUGUCCCCUUUUUAAAAGAAAACAUUUUUUUUAUUAUUAGUAGGAGAACAUAGAGUUCUUGAAACUGUGAAAAGAUACGCUCUUCUUUCUCUGUGUGCAUCCCUACCCACCCACCCCCUUUCAGUUCUGGAUGGUGAAAUUUCUCCUAUAAGACCAGCUGUCAACUUCAGAGGUGAGGGUGGGCUUGAACGUUAUCAACCCGAUAGGAAAUGGCGCAGGACUAUUUAAAUUGACAGUCUUUUCUCCUUUUCUUAAAAAAAGAGGACUUUUAAAAAUAAUUUAAAAUAAGUUAUGUGUUUAGUGUUGAUUUUAUUUUUCUAAUGUGGAUAAAGGAAGGAGUUAUAGCAGAAAUGGAAAUGGAGAAGGGCGUACGAGUUCUGUCUACUUGCAGUUGUUAAUGUGUCUUGUCCCAGUGGAAGUUGCCUCCGCCUGAACAAAGGCAGCGAAGGUUGGAAAGGAAGAAAAGGGAGAAAGGUGUGAGAGACACAUGUACUGAAUAUAAGUAAAGUAGAAAAUGGAAGUGGUGAAGCAGAGUUUUUCCAGUUUCUCCUUACUUAGAUCUAUGAUUCUUCAUCAGUAAGUAAAUGGAGACAGAUACAAACCUAAAGUUCCAAAGAAUGGUGGAAUCAGAAAUGUUAGUUAAGUUGCUAACAUUUUUAGUCCUCCCUGCUGAUCAAGGAUAAUUUAGGAGCGAGGUUUUAUAAGUUCAUUUCCUUCUUGACUACACUGCUUCUUUAGGGGUGCCGUUACUAUGUUUACCAUUUCAGUCUUUGUCUCAGUAUUUGUCUCACUGGCAGACAAAUGGCUAACAUGACUUAACCAUUAAAAAAUCUCAUGGGACUGUAUUUCAGUGGUGGGUAGCACUGCAUGCUAGUGCAUGAACUCUUGAGAGUGCCUUCAAAAAAAUGCAUUAGUAUAGUUUGGGAAAAUGUGUGUUUCAGCAGAGGAGGAAGAACUAGAAGUGGCCGACAGCCUAGGGACAUUAGAGCAGUAAUCGUGAUUCUGGGAUGCUUUAUAUUAUACCUUAAAUACAUUAUGGAAUAUGAGAUUUUCACAUUUUGUCCAAAAGGAAAAAAAGAUAUAAGGAUGACCACAAACAAAUCAGGCAAAUUUGGUGAACAGAGCAAAGAUUGCGAGCCUGUGGCCUUCCAAAUGUUUAAGUUGUACUUCUCAGUAUCCCUCGCAAUUUUUCAUGAUAGUAAGGGCUCCUGGAAAGUACAGCUUGCCAAUUUUCUGUCUCUAAGAGGGAAGAAAAUUGAAUAAAAGUAGGAUGAAGACCUGUGAAUAUAAAGAUGUUGAUACAACAAUACAAAAAUAGCCAGUUUGAAGGUGCCCUGAAUUGGUUUGAAUGUUGAUGUAACAUUCUGAACUUGUAGCAUACUACUACUGGUAUGCUAAAAAUGGGGCUAGCAUUUAAACAUGGACAUAUAUUAUGUUUCUGUAGAUCACAUAAGAAUAUUUUAAUUCUACGAAAUCGGCCUUUGUUUGUAAUCCAGCAUUUGGACGAAGUAUUUGGAGUGAAUGGUCUUCAAUCUCAACUUUAUUUUUUGUCUUUUAAUAUAGUCCCCUUGUUCCACAAGUCAUUUCAGGGUAUUCCUACUGUUGUGAAGUGAAUUCCAAAUUGAAAUAUGAGGGAUUGUGACCUAAAAAGGGUUUAUUAUCCAAAAUGGAUUACCUUACUAUAUAUCAAUAGAGGCCCAAUCCAGUAUGUCCAGUAGUGACUAUGAGCUGUGGCCUCUGUAAUGUCAUGUGAGUGAAGUUAAUUGCUGCUGAUUUCAGAUGAUGCAUCAUGUUUAAAAUAAGACACUCAUCUGCUUGUUUUUGCCGAAGUAUUUUCUCUGAAUUUGGAAUAAUUAUUUCCCACCACCUUUGGAUUUCUGAACCAAUGGUGUCUCAGCUAUUGAUGCAAACUUUGGCCUAGUUUUGUGUAAUGUUUCAUAAACUGUUUCUAAUUCCUGGCUCAUUUUAUUACUAUUCCACGUUUCAAUAAAUGUACUGUCUCCGCA